UCUCUUCAGGGGACAUUAUUCACUACAGGAAGCUCAUUCAGUAGGUGCUUAGCAUAAGAAGAGGAAAAGCCAGCAUGGCAGCAGACAGCGACGUGGCUCCUGAAGAAAAAAAGAGCACUACUCCUGCAAAAAGGGCCGUCCACAAGAUCCGAAUGGCCAACCUAGUCUUCAGCUUGGCACAAGGUUGGCAGCAGUGGGCAUCUGACCACCACUCAAAGCAAGCCCAAGAGCCCUCUGGAUGGGUCCCCCCUGAGGAAAACUCAUCAGUUGAGACUGUAGAAGAAAGAUACUUUCAAAAAUGGCCAAGUUCAUCAGUCAAGAGGGACCAAGGAAAAGAUGAUGAAAAAUCCUUAGCGAAGGAAUCAGUGACAAUAAGAGAUGCUGAAAAACUUUCAAGGGAAUCAGAUGAAGCCCUCAAAAAGUUCAACAUUAAAAGCAAAGAAGUGACCAAAACAGUCGUAAGCAAAGCCUUCGAACGAGGAGGAGAUGUUAGCCUCCUCAGUGAAAGAUAUGAGAAUAACAAUGGUAGUUCAGAGGUGACCAAGCUCAAAGAAGAAUCAAGUGCUAUUGACAAAAUUCUUAGUGGCUCAUUAUCUCCAACCAUAAGAAGAAAGUGUUCAAACGUCGUAUCACAGCUGACCAAGGGCUGGAAACAAAUUGAACAAGAAGACAAAGAGAGGGCUAAGGAAGAACUGCUGCUGAAGUGUCGUGAUGACAGCCUGGAUGCAGGGGACAGUGGUUAUGGGGAACCAGAGUACAAACUCGAGCAAGAAGACAGUGACCAAGAGGUGACGGCUGUGAGGAUUAAACGACCUGCACCUUCUUUCGCAAGCAGGCUUAGCGAAGCACGCACCAAAGCCCACAGGACAGACAGCCCUGUUAACAGCCUGAAGGACAGAUGGCAAGAAUGGGCCGAUCAGCACAUCAUAACACAGAAGCUGAAUCCCUUCAGCGACGAAUUUGACCACGAGCUGGCCAUGUCCACACGCCUGCACAAAGGAGAUGAAGGCUACGGCCGUCCAAAGGAAGGAACCAAAACCGCUGAAAGAGCCAAGAGAGCCGAAGCCCACAUCCACCGGGAGAUUAGAGACAUGUGCUUCAUCAUUGAAUCAAUGGCUAAACCACGGCCUGACGGCAAGAUCCAGGUCACUUUUGGGGAACUCUUUGAGAGAUAUGUUCGUAUUUCAGAUAAGGUUGUUGGGAUUCUCAUGAGAGCCAGGAAACAUGGGUUGGUGGACUUUGAGGGAGAAAUGUUAUGGCAAGGAAGGGAUGAUAAUGUCAUAAUUACUUUACUAAAAUAAGCAUGCUACAAGAAGAGAAACUUGUUUUGGAAAACCUUUCUCCACUUCUUUCUCCUUUAGCGUUUGCACAGUUUGAAUGCAAGAUUCCCCCUGUUCACCCACACAGAAAAGACAGCAGUUUUCUGAAGAUGUAUUUUAUAACUACUGCAUGAUAAUGCAAGCAUGCAGAGGGAUUUUUCUCUGUACUGGGAGGGCUUGCACAAAACCUCAGCUAAUUACUACAUGAAAAAUAAAGAGAAAAAUCUAUAUUGAAUAUAAGCAGCUGAAGAUAAAAACCCAUAGCAAUAUAAACAGUUAGAAAUUAAUCCAAAUUUUUACUUGUUCUUACAUUCAAGAUCUUCCCAACUACUUAAACUGGGAUAUAAACUAUGUCAGAUCAGAAACUAUUGCAUGUCAAUAUAAACUCAGACCAAGUUUCUGACCUGUGAAAGUGAUGUUGUGUACAUAUAUCCAAAUUAAUUUAUUUAAAUACAUGCAAAAAGCGUUUUACUUAAACAUAGACUCAAGGAGUCCACAUUAGUUUCCUUUACAAACAGGAUAUGCAACUACUACUGCAGUAUUAUCUUUUAGCAACUAGUGAUACCACUUUCUUUUACAAAUAACAUACAAACUAGGAGAAAAUCCUUUUUAUAAAUGGGUUUUUAUAUUUAAUGUAUUUAUAUAACUAAUUUAUAAGACAGUUUCAUAUUUAGAGUUAUGGAUGUUGAAGAGAAGACACACAGAAUGUAAUGCACAAAGAAGUUUUUAAUAGAUAGCCACAUAGAAAAUACCUCCUGUGCAAUGUUGUGCAAUGUAUCAUCUGAUUUAUCUAUGUAAAUACAUAUCGAGAAAACAAUAUGUAUCGUAUGAAAAACAGUCAGGUACUUGUACUGUUGCGUACAGCAAAAAAGUGACUACAAUCAGCACCUUCCAUUGAAAUGUACCUCCGUGAGAAAAGGUACAGAAACAGUGUUCUUAACUGCAAUCAACUGAGGGAAAAUGGUGUUUCUCAUUACACAUAAACAUUGGCUUAAUUUUACAGCAUUUGCCAUUAAAACCAUCCUGAUGUCAGUGAAAUAAUAUAUUUCAGACUUAAGUGAUGCUGAAUAGGAAUAAAUGCUAGUGAACUAACACUUCCAGGUCUUAAAAUUGUAUUAUGCACAAAUCUGAGACCUCAGUAUGGUCUACAACACAUACUGGAUUA